AUCGGCACUUGCUUACAUUUGACCCCGGCCAGGAACACCUCACGGUAGGCCCGCUGUUGAAGAUGGUCUAGUCUAGGCAUAAUCAUUACGCUGACCUUUUGGUUUUGACUUUUUCGACUUCUAAAAGCUCUUAGCUAUCAUCUGUCUGCACCAAACACUCGCAUACCUGUGUAUCCGCUUCGCGCUUGCUUUGCGACUAUUCACAACCGCCAUGACAUCUAUCGGAACCGGUUAUGAUCUCUCAAACUCCGUAUUCUCACCAGAUGGUCGCAACUUUCAGGUCGAAUAUGCGGUCAAAGCUGUUGAAAAUGGAGGAACGGCCGUUGGUAUCAGAUGCAAAGACGGUGUUGUACUGGCAGUGGAGAAAAUCAUCAGCAGCAAGCUCCUGAAGCCUGGUGCAAACAAGAGGAUAGCCACAGUUGAUCGCCAUAUCGGCAUUGUCUCAGCUGGAUUGAUCCCUGAUGGUCGGCAUUUCGUCUCUCGAGCGCGAGAUGAAGCUUCUUCGUGGAGAAACGUUUACAAAGGACCCAUACCAGUCUCUGCUUUGUCGAACCGACUCGGCAGCUACGUACAGGCCUACACACUCUAUUCGAGCGUGAGGCCCUUCGGGGUGUCCGCUAUUAUCGGAGGCUGGGAUUCCGAAGCGGAACUUGCCGUUGACGGUCAGGUUGGAAACGGACCCAAUGCAGGUUCUGGUGGAAAAGUCGAGGGUGCAAAAGCUGGAGGUCCAGGGUUAUACAUGAUCGAGCCAAGUGGCCUGUAUUGGGGUUAUUAUGGCGCUGCAACCGGAAAAGGUAGACAGGCUGCUAAGGCUGAGUUGGAGAAGUUGGACCUGAGUGCCGGCAAUCUGAGCCUUCUAGAUGGCGUGAAAGAAGCGGCUCGGAUCAUCUACGUUGCCCAUGAAGAUAGUAAGGACAAGGAUUUCGAACUCGAAAUGACUUGGAUUAGUACACUCGACGGUCCAACACACGGAAGACAUGAAGCGGUACCCAGGGAGCUUCUCGAAGAAGCAGAGCGGGCGGCAAAAGCAGCCCUCGAGGGAGAUGAUGAGGAAGAUGAUGCCACAAAAGGCGAUGCUGUUGACAGCGAACGCAUGCAAGAGUAAAGGUUCUAUAUUUCCGGUCUAUCGAUGAGUACGCGGAUUACGCGAGGCUUAACGGCCCGAGCUCUUCUCAAAUAUCUUCAAAUUUCAUAAUCAAUGGCACGGCCUUCGCUUAGAAUGAAUCGGCCAGUAAAAUGAGUCUGCAUCUGCUAAGGGUCCUUG